AUGAAUCCGUCCAAGGAUCACAACAACUGGAUAACCAUUGGAGAAGUAAUCAAUCUAAUUAGGAAACCUGUUGCUUUGUACACUGGCCAGGUCGUAAAAAAUUGGCAUGCUAAGCUGUGUUGCCUUCUAAAAGGGCGAUGCGCAAAUCCUAUAGUGUGCGAGAAAGAAAAAGACUAUAAAAAACUUUGCCACUCUUGCAACCAAUGGUACCAGGAGCUGGCUAAAUGGCAUAGAAAUAGAAAUAAACGACAGAUAAAAUGGCGUGAAAACUGCGACACAUCAAAGUGGCCUGUUGAUCCAUGGGAGGUAGCCAAGUUUUUUAUGCCUAUCCUUGGACACAACAAGGGAACCGUCAAAGACGCAGGAUCCACUGAUCUAUCAUCUCUUCUAAACGUCCUUGAGUGGAUGAAUGAUGAAAUUUUUUUUCCAGACAGACGUGUGGAUCUCGAUCUUAUUAGAAAGCUCCGUUUAGGAAUUAGAAUGCCUUGGGCGCAUGCACCAAAUCAAGAGUUAACCGAUGCUGAUCUUAAUAACGCUUUUGACACUGCCAAUAAGAUUCUUGCCGACCUUGAUAGUGUUUUCAGCUGUAACGAAGUGAAGAAGUGUAUAGAGGAUAUCAAGUUUGUACAAACUAGCGGAAUAACCAAUGUCGUAGAAGCCGAGUUAGAUGCUCUAAAUUUACUGCGCGAUGAAUCAAUUCAAGAAGCUCAAAAGCUUAGUGCUGAAAAAGAAACUGAGCGAGGUACUUAUUUCAUAUUCAUCAUUCCUAUAAUUAUAUAUUUCUCGCACAUUUUUAAAAUACAUACCAGCCAUAUUCAGUCCGCAUACCGGGCUGUCGCGCAAAUAUAUUUACGGAUUUUGGAUGCGCCGUUGAAACUCCUAAACUGGUUUAUUAAGGACUUUGUCUUGUGUUGUCUCUUUUCUAGAGAGCCCAGAAUCGUGGAAAUGGGAAAAAAGUUCGAUCGUUCAUCGGGAGAAGUUCAUUAAGCUUCUCGAAUAUGGAAAAGACCAUCCGGAAGAUAUCAAAGAAGUUAACGGAGUACGCGUUUGCUGCUCUGAGGAAUUUCUCAUUGGCAUGGGAGUUGAUGGCACUCGAGUCUAUGUAGGAUUAGGGAAAGACGGAUGCGAGAGGGCUGUGAAACGUUUGCCCAGAGAUGCCUGCGCUGGCUUGGCUGAACAAGAAAAGAACGUUUUGAACAAACUCAACACAACCAAGUCAAACCAUGUGGUUAGUUAUUGGUUCUUAGACGAACAAAGCGACAAGCACUACUUAUUUUUAAUCUUGGAUUUAUGUGAGGAAACGUUGGAAAAUUUUGUUGGUCGUAGCAGUUUAGAGGAUCUGGUAGCAAAUGCGCCAGGUAUCAUUCAGCAACUUUUGAAAGGAUUAGCUGAUCUCCAUUGCGAUCCAGUGCGCAUUUUGCAUCGGGAUUUAAAACCAUCAAACAUUUUGCGCAAUGUCCACGAUAAAUGGUUGCUGGCAGAUUUUGGCAUCAGUCGAAUCCUGACAGGGUGUGCCAGUACGCAUCCAAGCAACCAGAGGGGAACAGAAGAUUGGAGAGCCGUUGAGUCAUCAUACCCUUCGAAUGGCAUGACUGAUGGUGGCAAAGUACGCUACAAGAAAGAAUCCGAUAUUCAGGUUACUAGUUUUAAUUAUAAACACGAAUAAAACUUUACAGUGUGAUUAUAGGUUUUACAUUGCUUUCAAAACAAGGUGGCGGGAAUGCGUAAUAAACAACAUAACACCUUAUUCUUAACGAUGUAUUUUUAAACCAGGUUGUAUAUAUACCGUAACAUGCAGGGGCCGGUUGUAUAAAAAAUUUAUUAAAGUUAACUAUAAUUAGUGGAAACAUCAUCCAAUAUGAAGCGCGUAUUUGAGAGUUAAUCACUAUUUAACUACAAAAUAGUGAUUAAAAAGUGAUUACGAGUUUUAUACAACCGGCCCCAGUAGUUUUCUCAGCCUUUGAAAAUAAUGCUCAAGUCAGCAUUAUACUAUGUGCACACGGUAACGUUUCCAAGCGUUUCUAAUAUGUCGUUUUCAAUUUUGUCAGUUUGACGUUCUGUCCACACGGAAUUAUCACCGUUUAUUUUCCACCACGUGGAGUUAUUACUUGUGAACGAAUUUCUUAAAAUGUCCUCUGCUCAUUAUAAUAGAGUAAACAGUUUUACAUGUAUUUUCAGCAUCAUGCACCGAUAUGAAGUCUGACGUUCUUUCGAAAGCAAAACACAUUUUAAAUCGUUCAUAAAUCAUCAUACACUUGAAAGGCUAUAUAUUUUGUUUUAUUUAUUGCAUGCUAAAGUUUUUAACUUAAGAGUUAAUGAGCCAAUGAAAGAUCUAAGGAUACAAGUAUAUAAUAUUUUGAUUUUAAGCCGCCAUCUUGGAUUUUUAGCGUUUCAAGGCGAAGACGCUUGUCCGAAAACGGUUUUUAGUAUUGAAAACGUUUUCGUCAUAAGACGUCGUUUUCAUCCGUUUUCGUGUGGACACGGCUUGAAAACGAAACGUUUUGAAAACUUUACAGCUGAAAACGCUCAAAAACGUUACCGUGUGCACAUAGUCUUAUUCUUUGAAACUCGGUAACAUAAGGCCGGUUUACACGACAAGCGUUUUGGGCACGGCACCCCUGAAAAUGGGCACCGUGCCAAAACGACCACUUCGCUAUUUACUCGUUUACACGACAACAUUUUGUAAACACACUUUUAUGAUAGGCACCGUGCCCAUCGGAAGACGGCACCUCUACUUUCCGUUUACGACGGUAUAUUUUAAAGAAUAAAUAUGUCGGACAGAAAUAUAAUUAUAUAUUUAUAUUUAUUGGAACGAAGAAGAGUAUUAUAUGAGCCGAAAAUCGAGGGAAAAAAACCAAUUCAAUACUAGAAAAGUACUUUAAGAACCAGCUCAUAUGGGCAAAAGUUUUCCCGGUUAGCGAGAAAACUUUUCGACAAGUUUACAAACGAGAUCUAGCCUUGGUAUGAAAAUAAUAUGAAAAGUUACACUGCGUUCAUAUGAGACAAAACGUUUUCCAGUGUACCGAGAUCUCGCUUGUUGACAAGCCAGAUCUCGGUGACCGGGAUAAUGUUUUUCCCAUAUGCAUGAACACAACUUUACCGCUUAGCGGGAUAACUUUCUGUCGUAUCAGCAUCUUUUCAAUUCAAUUGAUAUUCAGUGCGUGCCCAUCGGAAAACGGCACCUCUAUUUUCCGUUUACGACGGUAUACAGGGUGUAUAAAAAAAACGCAACCUCGGAAUUUCCCAAGAAAUCGACAUUGUUUUAAAGACAAAAGAUUUUAGGCGCCUGGGAAUUUAAAAUAGCACAACUGUCAAAAUUACUGCACGCGCGAGUGCAUAAAGCAAAAUUUAUGCAUUUAUUUAAUGCACAACAACAGUAAUAUGAUCAAUUAGCAAUUCGAUUUCAAUUCCCAGGGGCCUAAAAUCUUUUAUGCUUAAGAAUUGCAAAGUGAUUUCAUAGGAAAUUCCGAGGUUGCGUUUUUUUUAUACACCCUGUAUUUUAAAGAAUAAAUAUGCCGGUGUUCCAGGAAAUUUGCCCCCCCCAAAAAAAAAAUUGCCCCCCCCCUGGCGGCCAUAUUUCCUAGGAAAUAUGGCCUCCCCUUCGGAAAUUUGGCCCCCUCGAAAACAUAGUUUUCUUUAUAGUUAUAAGCUCGGAAAUCGUGAAGCUUCUUUUAAAACCAAGAUUCUAAAAGUGUUUGUCAGUAUUUAUAGUUAGUUUGCAUAAUUUAUUUGUGUCGAAAUUCUUCGUUGCGGCCAAGAGCUAAAAGUUUGAAGGAAAGCGUAAUAGUAAUAAUGUGCUAGUGCAGUCAUGCCAGACACAUCACACAUGGGUAUCUGUAAAGGACAACGUUACUGUAUGAUCGCUUAGCUUUAAGCUAAGAACACGAAACGAUUUUUAGAGAUAGGAAUUUCUAAGAUAUUACAAAGUUAUUUAGAUCUAUUUAUUCAGUCACAUAGUAUAAAAUUAGUCAAAAUAACGACCGCACUUUAGCAAACGAUGACAUCAUGCGUUGGCGAAUAUGUUAAUAUGCACGCGUCUAAUAAAUAACAGGGAGCAAUUAGCAGUAAAAGUAGAAUUUUAAGUGGAAACGUUUGUUCAAAAAACAAAAUUAAAUGAGUGAUUACUUCUUGAAUUUCCUAUGCAUUUACACAUACACAGUAUAUAUACUCGCUCAUAUGUUUGGGAUGCAUUAUAGAAGCAUUCCGUAAAAACGAAAGUAGACUGCAUGCUUCAUGGCUCACAACUGAAACAUUCCGCACACACAAAAGCACAAAGCUUUACAAUUGAAUGACGUUCCGUUUCCUUAGCUUAAUGAUACAGCCAUUAUUUAUUAACGUUGUCUUCUACAAAGCUGGUCAAAACCAAACGCGAAAAGUACGCUAAACUUUAGCUCUUGGUCUAAUUCUCGUCAGUAUUGCAAUUCAAUGGAGAAUUUUGACACAAAAAUUUACACAAACUGACUAUAAAUGUUGAGAAAAAUUUCUAGAAAUUUGUUUUAGUAGAAGCCUUACGAUUUCCGAGCUUAAAGAUAAAACAAACUAUAAUUUUUUAAGGGGGGGGGGGGAAAUUUCCGAAGAAUCGGCCUUAUAAGGCCGGUUUACACGACCAGUGUUUUGGGCACGGCUCCCCUAAAAAUGGGCACCCGUGCCCAAAAUUUUAGGCACGCCACCUCUGCCUUUUGGCGUGUAAACGUGACAAAAAUCGGCACCGGUGCCACAAAAUUUAAACGUGCCGAGACUUUCUCACGAGGUAGUCUCGGCACGUCUAGCAGGCGGUGCCGUGCCCAAAUUUCGAAAAAAAAAUGAAAAAUGUGUUCGACAUCGAGUAUGCGCAAAACAAAUUGUCCUCUUUCCAACAUGGCAGCGACAAACGGCAACUUGACAAAAAUAAAAAAACGUUAAUUUAAAAAACAAAUUUAAAAAACAAAUUUAAAUAACACAGUGUGAAUGGUGCUAUAGUUGGCUCGGAAAUUUUGAUACCACUGUUCGUCGCUAAAUAGAGCAGUAACUAGGUCGUUGCAAGUGGCUGUCCUUCGAUGCGUCCAUGCCUCUCGAAUUCGUGGCGGGUGAAUACAAGAUGGCACAAAAUUUACGAGAAAAAACAACUCCUUUCGUCUUUAAGGGGCUGCAUGUUCAUAUGGGCAAAAGUUAUCCCGGUUAACGAGAAAACGUUUCGACUAGCCAAAUAAUUUUGUUCUGUUCAUAUGGAGAAACGUUAUCCCGCUUACCGGGUAUAGUUUCCGGGCUGUGACAUAGCACUGAAUAUCAAUUGAAUUGAAAAGUUGCUGACACGACAGAAAGUUAUCCUGCUAAGCGGGAAAGUUGUGCUCAUAUGGGAAAAACAUCCCGGUCACCGGGAUCUGGAUUGUCAACAAGCGAGAUCUCGGUACACGGGAAACCUUUUUGUCUUAGAUGAACGCAGUGUAACUUUUCAUAUUAUUUUCAUACAAAGGCGAGAUCUCGCUUGUAAACUUUUCGAAAAGUUUUCUCGCUAACCAGGAUAACUUUUGCCCAUAUGAACUGGCCCUUAAAGUACUUUUCUAGUGUCGAAUUGGUUUUUUCUCUCGAUUUUCGGCUCAUAUAAUACUCUUCUUCGUUCCAAUAAAUAUAAAUAUAUAAUUAUAUUUCUGUCCGGCAUAUUUAUUCCUUAAAAUAUACCGUCGUAAACGGAAAGUAGAGGUGCCGUUUUCCGAUGGGCACGGCGCUUAUCAUAAAAGUGUGUCCACUAAAAGUUGUCGUGUAAACGAGUAAAUAGGGAAGUGGGAGUUUUGGCACUGUGCCGUACUGCCGUGCCCAAUACGCCUGUCGUGUAAACCGGCCUAAAGAUAUGAUAUGAUAUGAUUGUGUCUAAUCAAAUUUUUUGACGAACAUGAAUUUUGUGUUGUUCUUUGCUCCUCGUAAUUUUUGUGAAAAUAUUUUUCCGUACCUUUAAGGAUAAUAAUACCAAUUUGUCUCUGUCAUACUUAGGUAGCCGGAAUUGUGGCAUUUUACAUUGUGACAAAAGGUGAACAUCCCUUUGGAGAAAAACCUGACCGACUUCGCCACUUGCUUGAUGGUAAACCAGUUGGCUUGGAUACGCUGAAAGAUCCUACUUUGAAAGACUUAUUAUCCUGGAUGCUGAGCCACAACUCCAAAGAUAGACCGUCCGCUGAAGAAGCGCUGAAACACCCUUAUCUUCAGCCCGCGAAACAGAAGUUCGAAAUGUUGUGCAAAAUGGGAAACCAGCAGGAAAUCAAGAUAGGAGAUGUCAAAUCAGAUGUCGUACGAAAGUUGAACAGCGAUCCCAAAGAUUGGAGAACUCUGCUGGUACCCGAUGUUUUAAAGUAUUUAUCCACUGAUUCUUCCAAGGGGAAAACAUUUCGUUAUAAAUCAUCGUGGACGGACUGUUUACGAUUUAUCCGAAAUGUCAAGGAACACUGGCAUGACCGUCCAAGGCCGCGACCAGCAGUAUUCUAUUUAGUAGGCGAUCCCCAAGAGCACUUCCUUGACCUUUUUCCCAAUCUUCCUGUCGAGGUGCACAGAAUAAUCAGGUCAUGUGAUUGGAAAGAACGAUCUGACCUUAAGGAGUACUUCAUGUAAGAUACAAUACGUGGCUUGUUUGCGCCCCAAACGAAUCUGAGUUUUUUCGGACGGAAAAAACACUGAUUUCAAAACUGGGACUGGAUAGUGCAUCAUAAAUGAAGCCAAUGGCAGUCGUGUUGAUGCGCAUGACCAUCAUAAAUAUACUGUGGUGCUAUUGGCAUGUUAAAAGAGGUUCAAACAUUUUCUAGUUAUUGAUAGGAGAGGAGAAAUGUUGUCUAUACAUAUAUGGGCAGCGGUGACCUCUCUUCUUUUUAAAUUUGCUUGUGAGUAAGUUGUUUCUUUGUAAAUUUAUUAUUAUUAUUAUAAUUCAUUUAUAUAGCGCCAUUUCCCAUAGCUCAAUAGCGCUUAACAUCAAGUGUUAAAAAUAUAUACUAAGUGUUAGAACAUAGUGCAUGC